AUGGGAGACCACGGGCUCUCUCAGAUUAAACACAACGAGCAUCUACUGCUUGACCAACCACUCCUUCGCCUCCCCUCCGAACUACUCCGAAAAAACUUCCGCACUGCCCAUUUCACCAUCGAGAAAGACACCACCGCCCUCAAAACAUUACUCAAAGACUCGGCUACCGCCGCUGUCUCAGGUCGUCCAUCCCAACAAGAUGUCCUCCGCAACAUCGAUACCAUGGUUGCUCGCAUGCGCGGGCUGAAGCGCAAACUCCACGCCAGUGCUUCUGAGGAGGCUCGCUUGCACACACAAGCCGCUGCUCGCAUCUCUCAUCUCGAUGAGCUCUACAAGAUAGACACUGUGGAGGAUGUCAAGUAUGAAACAUGGAGCAGAAAGAGGCUAGAUCGACUUUUGGCCGACUAUUUACUUCGCCAUGGUUACAAUGAUACGGCAAAGGAGCUGGCGCAGCAACGUGGCAUCACAGAGCUCGUCGAUAUCGAAACCUUUGUUGCUGCUAGCCGCAUUCGAGAAUCCCUCUUGAAAGAGACUGUCACGGAAACUCUGGCAUGGUGCACUGACAACAAGAAAGAGCUUCGCAAGAUGGAGAGUAAACUCGAGUUUAUGCUUCGCUUCCAGCAGUAUAUCGAAUUGGUCCGUUCUCAAUCCUCAGACAAGCUCGCCGAAGCUAUUGCCCACGCAAAGAAGCAUCUCAUUCCGUACCGGGCUACCUUUCCUCGGGAGGUUCAGCAAGUGUGUGGCUUACUUGCCUUCCCACCAGGCUUAUCCGCCUCUACAGCGUACGGGGAUCUCUACAAGCCUUCGCGCUGGGCUGAUCUCGCUGAUAUAUUUACAACAACACACAAUCAACUUCUCGCCCUUCCUGCGGUACCGCUUCUUCACGUUGCGCUCUCUUCUGGCCUCUCAGCUCUCAAAACACCCGCGUGCCACGCCCACUCCGUGACAUCAUCAGAUAAUUCAUCUACUAGCCAUACGACCAGCUCGUCCGAUAUAGCGGCUACCGCUGCUUCAACGCUCGGCCAUGGCGUUUGCCCUAUCUGUUCUACUGAGCUCAACGAACUCGCCCGUAACGUGCCAUACGCACACCACACGCAAAGUCAUGUCGAGCAUGAUCUCAGGCUGUUGCCCAAUGGUAGCGUAUACGGAAGGGAUCGCCUGGAAACGCAUGCACGGAAAAACGGACUGCCUCCAGACCAGAUUAGGGAUCUGCGGACUGGCGAGGUUUUUCCUAUUGAGACACUCAAGAAGGUAUACAUUACGUAA